AUGUGGUGCCUCCUCGUGCUGCUCUGCGCCCAAGGAAUUGCCUUUUCAGCGAGUGAAAUUAUCAGGUACCAUGGAUACCCCAGUGAGGAAUACGAAGUUACUACAGAGGAUGGAUACAUUCUUGCUGUUUUCAGAAUUCCAUCCAUCAGAAGUCCACACAAUCAGUGGCAAAAGCCUGUAGUCUUCCUACAGCAUGCUUUUCUAGGAGAUGCUACCCACUGGAUUUCUAACCUGCCCAACAACAGCUUGGGCUUCCUCCUCGCAGAUGCUGGCUAUGACGUCUGGAUGGGAAACAGCCGAGGGAACACUUGGUCUUUAAAACACAAGACGCUUAAUCCCAGCCAGAAAGCGUUCUGGCAGUUCAGCUUCGAUGAAAUGGGUAAAUACGAUAUUCCAGCAGAGCUGUACUUCAUCAUGAAUAAAACUGGACAGAAGGAUGUAUACUAUGUUGGUCACUCUGAAGGCUCAACAUCAGGCUUCAUAGCGUUUUCUACGUACCCCGAGCUGGCUAAACGGGUGAAAAUGUUCUCUGCUCUGGGCCCAGUAACCACAUGCUCACAUGCUACAAGCCCUCUGAUUAAGAUAACAAAUGUUCCUGAACCACUGCUCAGGUUAGUACUUGGCUGCAAAGGAGCUGCACACCAGAUUGGAUUUCUGAAAGGACCUGUGACACAGUUUUGUACAAGCCUGGAUAAGUUUUGUGGCCACGUACUCUGUUACAUAGCUGGAGGUGACAUAAAAAAUCUGAACACAAGUCGCAUAGAUACAUACGUAGGACAUUCCCCUGCUGGAUCAUCCGUACAGAACAUUAUUCAUUGGCAACAGCUGAAACAUACAGGCCAAUUUCAAGCUUAUGACUAUGGCUUUAAGGAAAACAUGAAGAAAUACAACCAGCCUACUCCUCCUGUGUACCAGAUCGAGAAGAUAAACAUACCAAUUGCUGUUUGGAGUGGUGGACAUGACAAAUUUGCAGAUCCAAAAGACAUGGCAAAGCUACUUCCUCGGAUUACUAAUCUCAUUUACCAUGAGCAUUUUCCUGCUUGGGGACAUCUUGAUUUCAUCUGGGGCCUUGAUGCAACUGAGAGAAUGUAUCAGAAAAUCAUUGAAUUAAUGACAAAAUACUUUUGA